UAUUGAUAUCACAUGCAGAGCGAUGACCAUUCGAAAGACCAACGAGCAAGAGGUUGGUGACACGCCCUGAAAUUCCAGUCAACUCUGCGGGCAAUCUAACAGCACGGAGUUGAAAAAGUAGGGGCCGCUGCUGAGGCCGCGCUGCCUUUAUUCCACGGCCGUCUCUUACUUCGCACUUUCCACUUCACACCACCCCACACCUUCUUACUUCUUUGAGCGAGUGAGAAAAGAGGGCGAUGGGAGAAGGGAAGGCUUCUACGCUUGUCCACAUCCUUGUGGUCGCCCUCAGCCUCACUGCCUUCGGCUUCGCCAUCGCUGCCGAACGCCGCAGGAGCACCGGUACCAUAGUUACUGAUAACCUCAAUGCUACAUUCUGUGUUUACGAUUCGGAUGUUGCAACCGGCUAUGGAGUUGGUGCUUUCUUGUUUCUUUUCUCUAGUCAAUCUCUGCUCAUGGGUGUCACAAAGUGUAUGUGCUUUGGCCAACCAUUAGCUCCUGGUGGAAGUCGAGCCUGGUCGAUUAUAUAUUUUGCCUCUUCAUGGCUGACUUUCUUGAUUGCUGAGGCAUGCUUGUUAGCUGGUGCGACAAAGAAUGCAUACCAUACAAAGUACAGGCAUAUGAUCUAUGCUUCAAACUGGACUUGUGAGUCUUUGAGGAAAGGAGUAUUCGUUACUGGAGCUGUCUUCGUGGUCUUCACCAUGAUACUCAAUGUGUAUUACUACAUGUACUUUUCCAAAGCUACAAGUCAGGCUGCGCAUAAAACCAACAGGGCAAGCUCAACUGUCGGAAUGACUGGUUAUCCUUGACUGCAACCAACUCAAACUCCACAGUUCUAGCUAGAAGUUUAUACAAAUGCUCCAUCUUAUCUCCCGUCAUGUGAUAUUUGACUUGUUACCUGCAACUGGUUUUGAAAAGGCUGAGUUUGAUUCUGGUAAUUGUAGAUGCUUCAAGUGUCUUAAGGUUGCUACUGUGUGUUCUUAUCCGCAUGUUUCUGCUUUUGUUUUGUU